AUGGCCCUUCGUCGUAUUCAGAAAGAGCUGCGGGAUCUGGAGCGGGAUCCUCCGGCGAACACCAGCGGCGGUCCCAUCAACGAAAACGAUCUCUUCAACUGGAAGGCAACGAUCAUAGGCCCCGAGGACUCACCAUACGCCGGGGGUCUCUUCUUUCUCAACAUCCACUUCCCAUCCGAUUAUCCCUUCAAACCGCCCAAGCUGCAAUUCACCACAAAGAUUUACCAUCCCAAUAUCAACAAUAAUGGUGGGAUCUGUUUGGAUAUUCUGAAGGACCAGUGGUCGCCCGCCCUCACCAUCUCGAAGGUGCUGCUCUCCGUCUGCUCGCUCCUGACGGACCCAAACCCGGACGAUCCACUCGUGCCGGAUAUUGCCCGCCAGUACAAGACAGACCGCAACGCAUUUAACAAGACAGCGAUGGAGUGGACUCGUCAGUACGCGAUGUAG